UCAUUUGACUUGCCGAUUUCUGGAGCUCCUAAGUCAGCUUGUACACCAAGACUGACACACAUUUUUGUAGGCCGUAUGUCUAUUUCAAAGUCCGUGCUCUUGCUGUCAUUUUUCUCAUCAUCACUUGGAUUAUCAUCGGACUCAUACAGUAGCUGCUGCGUACGACGGAUGAGUUCUUCGUUAAGUACCAACGAAGACAAAAAAGAAGACAGAAUGGGUUUCAGUUCGAAGAUAUCGUUUAAGAAGGUUCUCGACUGUCCAUGUAAUGAGGUUGGUUUGACCCAUGGACUACAGACAAAGCAGUUCUCGUUACGACAAUAGUACCAGUGAGAGAUCAGCUUCCAAGCAUACGGACAUUUUUCAUCUUUACAAUCUUUUCGACCGAGACAGUGAUGCAUGUGAGUCCAACGAUAUGACAGUCUUAGGCAUGGCACAAUUUUAUCGCACCACAAGGGAUGGUCGGGGCGAAGAUACACACAUGGAAUGUGCGAUCGUAGAGCAUGA